UUCUUCUCCGACCUCUGCUUUCUCUCUCUGCGUUGCAGGUGCUAAGCUUUCAAAUACAGGGUUCAAAGGUGUUUUAAAAUAAAGAGUUUGAAGGAGCAAGAGCUAAAGUACUACAUUGCAGCAGAGGUCUUAUCAUGUCAGGUGGACCGGGGCUUGAGUCUCUUGUUGAUCAAACUAUAUCAGUAAUUACCAAUGACGGACGUAAUAUAGUGGGAAUUUUGAAAGGAUUUGACCAGGCCACAAACUUAAUUCUUGAUGAAUCUCAUGAAAGGGUGUAUUCAACCAAGGAAGGUGUACAACAACUUGUCUUAGGCCUUUACAUCAUAAGAGGGGACAAUAUUAGCGUUGUCGGGGAAUUAGAUGAAGAGCUGGAUGCAAACUUGGAUUUGUCAAAACUGAGAGCUCAUCCUUUAAAACCAGUUGUCCACUGAUGUUCUCGGAGCUUGGGAUCAAAACUUGAGUUGCAAUAGAAAUGAGUUGGAUAUCAAUGUAGUAUGGUCUAAAUUCACUUGAAUGUUGUGCUACUGAAAUACUAUUGUAAACUAAACUCCCUUAGCCAUUUUGGGAUGCUGAAUCUUGCUUUUGAAGAUGGUCUAUAAAAUCUUCUCUUUUUUUUUUUC